CCUGAACUCAGGUUGUUGGAGCUUUACGACGAAAAACUGAUUGCUGUUAUUAGACAAACCAUAUAUUUAUUAUCUGAAAGGAUAUUUGUCUAUUUCGGGAUUUCAGUUUAAAUACUGUGAUCCGUUUGUCAUCAGGUGGACGGAGCGGAGGCAGGUGUUGCGUUGGUGCUUUCCGCUCCUCUCGAGACAUAAAGGAGAGCGCGAGACGCAGCCUUUCAAUCAGCGCGGUGAGCGGGGGCUAGCACACGGACCUGAACCGUCAUUUCGCUACUUGUUGUUCAGAAGUACAUUUCCUGAAUAUUAAUUCCGCCUAAAGACCCAAAUGAUCCUGUAGACAAAUCCCCGCUCAAGACAUCACAACAAGCAAGGAUUUACAGGGGCCGUAGCCCAACUCGCUGAUAUAAUCGGAUCAAUCUAAAUCCCACUCUCCCUGAUGUAUUAACUCUGCUCCUGUAGGAUCACUGGUAAUGAACAUGAGGUAUCGCAGGACACAGAAACACACCGAGCCCGGGAGAGGCGAGGACCCGGACUUUAAUAACAGAAAACCGGGUAGACAAGCUGCCAGGACCGAGGAGCUAUCUGUGUCACCGGUUGAGUUGAUCAGCCCGGGGCACCGAGGGAGUCGGUGUGAGGGAAUUGUCACUGGUGGCGGUGGGACCACCAGACUUCUGGAGAAGAGGGUUUCUCGCUUCCUGACCCAGGAGGAGGAACGACUCACAGAACGCCUUCUAGUCGGCCAGUCAUCUAGGGGAAAGCGGCUGGAGGAGACGCGCUGUCGAGGUGGUGAAAGCUUUUCAUCACACAUCUCUUUCCAUUCUCCUUUCCGUUUUCCCCGCGCUCUGAGCACCGGGAGAGGCGCCAACAACAUCAAAGCACAACCGGAGACUACCCCGGUUAACCCGACUAAAUCCUGCCGCGGAGUCCCAGUGGACCACCUCUCCAGUAUGAAGCCUCUCAGUUCUAAUGGAAUUACGCGCGACAGCCGCGUCGCCGAGGGAGCUGUUCCGCCCGGAGCAACCCGGAUCACGAUGCCGCCCCGGGCGACCAGACGCCCCGCUGAGAGAGGGACUAGGCUCGGCAUGUGGAGCUUCAGCCGGAGCGGUUUGUGGCUCUUCCUACUCCUCUUCAGCGGCUGUACCCACAUGUUGAAUGCCCAAGACGUGGCACCAUAUUUCCGCGUGUCCCCUGGAGGGGUUCAGACCCAUCUGGAGCGUAACAGGCUGGUCUUGACCUGCCUGGCUGAAGGCUCCUGGCCCCUACAGUACCGCUGGAUGCUGAACAACACUGACAUCACACCCUUCUCUACAGUAUAUACGUACAUGGUUCCUGAGGUCCUGCGCUCAGAUGCUGGCUUGUAUCAGUGUGUUGUAAGGAACAGGGUGGGAGCGUUGGUACAGAGGAGAGCUGAAGUACAGGUUGCCUUCAUGAGUGAUUUCUCUGGCGACGAGCAGCGUCGUACCGUCACUCUGGGUCGGGCUGCGGUUCUGAACAUGCCGGCACUGAGCAGCUUCCCUCGACCGCAGGUGACCUGGUACCGAGAUGGUCAUAAGAUCAUCCCCAGUAACAGAGUAGCCAUCUCAUUGGAUAACCAGUUGGUUGUCUUGGCGACCAGUGCAGCUGACGCGGGGCGGUACUACGUACAAGCAGUCAACGAGUUGACUGGACAGAACCACACCUCUCCGUCUGUGGUCCUCAACAUGACUGUGAGUAAGAAGCAUCGUGGUUCUCAGGAUCCAAAUGCUCCAUUUGAUCCAUCGGCUCCAGUGAUUGUAAUUGCCCCGAAGAAUACUUCUGUUGUGUCGGGGAGAGAAGCCACACUGGAGUGUAUCGCUAAUGCCAGGCCGGUGGAGAGGCUGGUGUUGUCAUGGAAACGUAAUGGGCGUCGGCUGGCCAGCGGAGUGGGCGUGUUUGGCCGUCGUUUGACACUGUUCAGUCCCUCCCUCUCUGAUGGAGGCGUGUACGUCUGUGAGGCGUCACUCAUCAACUCCACGACAAGACCUGCUGAGGCCCGGGUACACCUCACUGUACUGGAGGCUCCAUACUUUACUGCUGAACCAAAGUGGAAGACUGUGACAGAGGUGGACAAGAACGUUGACAUCCACUGUCUCGCCAAGGGCGUCCCAUCAGCUCGUAUAGAGUGGUUCAAGGAUGCAGUGCCUCUGUCCAAGCUGGCCAACCCCCGUUACAAGGUUACCGCAGCAACCGGUCUGACCAUCAGGAGAGUGCAGCCAGCGGACGCCGGAAUGUUCCAGUGCUUUGCUCAGAAUGCCGCCGGAGAAGCUCAGACAUACACUCAGCUGGUGGUUACUAGUGUCUCCCCCUCCUUUGCCCUCCGGCCCUCUGACCUCACCGUAACCGACGGCAACUCAGCGAUCUUCACCUGUGAGACAUCAGGUGCCCCAAAACCGGCUGUUAGCUGGUGGAAAGGCUCUCAGCUCAUGGCCAGCGGGACGGUCCAGACACCCAGGUUCACACUGCUGGAGUCGGGUGGUCUUCUGAUUCAACCAGUCAGGAUGCAGGAUUCCGGAGACCACACCUGUGCCGCAGUCAGCAAAGAUAGUUCCAUCAACGCCACUGCUACACUCACCGUCUGGAGUCGUACAUUCAUAUCGGUUCCUCCACUGGACCAGAGGGUCAUCAAGGGAACCACGGCAACGCUGCACUGUAACGCCACACAUGACCCUAGGGUCAACAUAAGUUUUCAGUGGCUGCGAGGUGCAGUUCCCCUCCAGGCCAGUGGGGGCAGAGUGUCUAUAUCUUCUGGGACUCUGACCAUCAGUCAGACCUGGUCAGGUGACAUAGGAGACUACACCUGUACUGUGACGUCACAAGCUGGGAAUGAGUCACGAUCCGCACGCCUCGAAGUCAUAGAGUUGCCCCACUCUCCCAGGUCUCUGUCUGUCUCUCUGAAUGAUUCCGACAGCCGCUCCGUCCUCCUGUCCUGGGUCCGGCCCUUCGAUGGGAACUCUCCUCUGCUGCGAUACAUACUGGAGCUGUCUGAGAACAACUCUCCGUGGAAGGUGUACAUGUCGGAGUUGGAGCCUGCAGUGACACAAGUGUCAGUGGGCGGGCUCACCCCUGCCAGGACCUAUCAGUUCAGACUCUGUGCUGUCAAUCAAGUGGGCCGUGGCCAGUACAGUUCGGAGACACAGAGGUUGAUGCUAAGAGAGGAGGCUCCCAGUGCACCUCCUAAGAACAUCGUGGCAUCGGGGCGCACCAAUCAGUCCAUCAUGGUGCAGUGGCAGCCCCCCCCCAGAACCCAGCUCAAUGGUCUGCUCCGAGGAUAUGUUCUCAGGUACCGUCUUGCGGGUCUUCCCGGGGACUACCAGGAGAAGAACAUCACUAGCCCAGAGACCAACUACUGUCUGCUGUCGGACCUCAUCAUCUGGACCCAAUACCAGAUACAGCUGGCUGCUUACACUGCUGCUGGCCUGGGAGAGUACAGCACCGCUGUCAAUGAAUACACCCUACAGGGAGUCCCCACAGCUCCUCCGCAGAACGUGGAGGUGACAGCAGUCAACUCCUCCGCCCUCAGAUUCACCUGGAACCCCCCACCACAGCAGUUCAUCAAUGGCAUCAACCAGGGGUACAAGUUGCUAGUCUGGCCGGAACAUUCGCCUGGGGAUGUAACCGUGGUGACAAUCACCCCUGACUACCCCGGCGCCCGCCUCGGCGGAUUCAUUGUUGGACUCAGGAAGUUCACCUGGUAUUUUGGCUCCGCCCUCUGCUUCACAACACCUGGCGAUGGACCCAAGAGCUCCCCAACACUGGUUCAGACACAUGAAGAUGAACCUGGUCCGGUGGGACACCUGAGCUUCACUGAGAUCCUGGACACGUCUCUUAGAGUCAGCUGGGCGGAGCCUAACGACAGGAACGGCAUCAUCACAGGUUAUGUGAUAAUGUGGUGUGUGUCGGGGUCGGAGGUGAACGUGUCCUGUGAGGAGCGUUUGCUCUCCAACUCCACUCUGCACUACAAGGUCACUGGUUUGACCUCGAUGACAUCAUACACCCUGAAGGUUGCCGCUAUGACAGCGGCAGGAAGGGGCGUGGUCACCAUCUCCACCAUUUCCUCAGGAGUACCGCCAGAGCUUCCUGGUGCGCCCUCUAACUUGGUCAUCUCCAACAUCAGCCCUCGCUCUGCCACAUUGAAGUUCCUCCCUGGCAGUGACGGCAAGACGCCCAUCUCCAAAUGGAUCGUGGAGGGACAGGUGAUCAGAGAGAGAGGCAGACAAGUGGAUGUGUAUGAGGGAGAGAAGAAUGGAGAGAAGAAGGGAGAGAGCGAGGAGGAGUGGAGGGUGCUGUAUGAGAGAGAAAACAGAGAGAAGGACGUGAACAUGCUGGAGAUACCAGACCUGCUCCCCUUCACACAGUACAGGUUCCGUAUGCGGCAAGUAAACAUUGUGGGCUCCAGUCCUUCUAGCGCCCCCUCCAGGAUGAUUCAGACUCUACAAGCAGCCCCUGAUACACCCCCCAAAAACCUCACCCUGGUUACAGCCACGCAGACACGCCUUAGUCUGCGCUGGGCGCCGCUGCCAGCGUCUGAGUAUAACGGCAGCCCAGAGACCAUAGGUUACCGGGUGUGUGCCAGGCGGGCAUAUGGCCGGGGGGAGGAGAGGCUGGAGGAGGUGGUGGGAGGUGAGGUGUCAGGAGUCGGGGGUCAAAACCGGGAGGUGAUUCUUGAGGGCCUGGCUGAAUGGACCGAGUACCACAUUAAGGUACAAGCCUUCAACUCCAUCGGUGCCGGACCCUGGAGCAACACGCUAACCGCACACACAAAGGAAUCAGUGCCGUCUGGUUCUCCGGUGAAUGUAAGUGCAGAAGCGAUGAGUUCUACUCAACUGCUGGUCACAUGGUCUCCAGUUCCAGACAUGCAGAGGAACGGACCAAUUCUAGGAUACAAGGUGAACUACAGUGUGAAGGAUUCUGGCGAGCCCCCCUCUGUUCGUUCGGUCCCAGGGGAGAGGAGUUCAUCUGUGUUGCUAGGUGACCUGCUGAAAUACACCCUGUAUGAGGUGCGGGUCAUAGCUUACACGGCGCUGGGGGACGGACCACCAAGCCCCCCCUGUAGACACUGGACCAAAGAUGAUGUUCCAGGACCUCCAGUCAGGCUGUUGUUCUCAGAGGUUGGUCUGACGUCUGUCAAGGUGGUGUGGCAGCCUCCACAACACCCCAACGGGGUUAUUAUGGGUUACCAGAUAGCGUAUCGGCUGGAUUCGGCCGACCCCAUGAGGUUCACCACGGUGGAGGUUGGGUCGACCGCACGGCAGUUCACAGUUAGCGGUCUGACCGGAGACCAGGCGUACGUGUUCAAAGUGACCGCCAGGACUGCUCAGGGGUGGGGCCGUGCCGAAGAGGCCAUGGUCAUCACCACCGAGCGCAGAGAGCGUCCCUCCCCACCCAAGAAACUUUUUGUCCCCCAAGGGGAGGUCAGAUCUCGAAGGCUCCGCCUCCACUGGAUUGCUGGGGCAUCAGGCUCCUCCCCCCUGCGGUAUUACAGUCUGCAGACCAGAGAGCUGCCGAAGGGAGACUGGACGACUCACUCUGCUGAUAUACCACACAACAACACCUCCUGGACUGUAGAGAGGUUGAAACCAUUCACUUCCUACAAACUGAGGAUGAUGGCGAGUAACGAUGUGGGGGACAGCAACUACAGCAGAGAAACGGAUACUGUGACCACAUUACAGGAUGUUCCUGAAGAGGCUCCUGUGAUAUUAGCAGUGAAACCUUCUACCACCACAUCUGUACUGGUACAGUGGCAGAGUCCCAAUGAGGGAAGUGUUAACGGCGUUCUGGUGGGUUUUCGCCUAUAUUACCGGGAGCUCCUAGUAAACUCUACACCCACGACCGUACCACCAGGAGCCAUGGCAACAUCCAACAAAAACACCUCUUUGACCAGCUUUAAGACAGUGAGCAGUGCUACCUUAACUGAAUUUGAGUUAACACAGCUGAAGAGGUUUAAACGCUAUGAGAUCUUCAUGACUGCCUAUAACAUCAUAGGAGAGAGUCCACCCUCUGAGCCGGCCACUCUGUAUGUUGGAGAAGCAGCCCCCUCUCUACCCCCUGAAUCUAUCAGAGUGCUUCCUCUAUCUCCUAAUCUGCUGGAGGUGACCUGGGACCUCCCACCCCCCCACACACACAACGGACUCAUCCAGGGAUACAAGGUCCAUUACUGGCAGCGUGACUACCAGAACCAGACGGAGAAGGUGACCGUGGUGUUUGUUCCUGACACGCGUGUUCGACUGGCCAACCUCACGUGUUACACUCCGUACCUCGUCACACUUUCUGCCUUCAACGCGGCCGGGGAUGGCCCGCCCAGCGAACCCCGAAGCGCCAAGACGCUACAGGCUGCCCCCAGCCAGCCCAGUUUCCUGUUGUUUUCCGAGGUGACGGGAUGGAGUGUCAACGUUUCCUGGGGGGCACCCAGUGCUCCUAAUGGAGUGGUGGAGGGGUACAGGGUGGUCUACCAACCCACACAGCCUGUACAGGGCGUGAGCCGGGUGGUGGCGGUGGAUGUGAAGGGAAGUUGGCAGCGCUGGUUGAAGGUCAGAGACUUAACUAAAGGAGUGACCUACACUUUUAGUGUCCAGGCCCGGACCGUCAGCUAUGGACCGGCCAUUCUCAGCAACAUCACGGCUCAGCCGCUGCAAGGUACCCCUGGUUCGCCCAUGGAGAUGUCCAUCACCAAGUCCUCCACUGCACUGACCCUUCAUUGGUCAGAGGGAGACGCGGGGGCGGGACCUGUUAUAGGUUACGUCAUUGAGGCUCGUCCUUCAGAUGAAGGGAUAUGGGAUUCAUUCAUCAGGCUCCUCCCCCCGAGCAGCCGGUCGGUUACUGUGGAGAUGGACCGUCUGAGGUCGGGGGUCGGAUAUGAGUUCCGUGUCAUUGCUGUCAAUCACUACGGUUACGGAGAACCCAGCACGCCUUCCGCCUCCCUCGCCGCCCUUUUAGACCGUCCAUUCUAUGAGGAGUGGUGGUUCCUACUGGUCAUUUCUUUGGUUGGUCUGAUGAUGGUCCUGAUGUUGGUGUUCACCCUCCUGCUGCACGGACAAAACCGCAAGAGCUGUACCUCAGGAAAACAGGUGUCAACAGUGGAGGACUCCGUCACCCUUGACAACGGAGGCUUCACAGCUCUGGAACUCAACAGUAGAACCCUGAACAGCAGAAGCUCGUUCCUGAAGAAGAAUGGAACCCGGUCUCCUCCCAGGCCCAGUCCUGGGGGUCUCCACUACUCAGAUGAGGAUCUGUGUAAUAAUUACAACAACGGAGCGGUUCUGACCGACAGCACCACUAUAGAGAAACCAACUGACAUGUCAGGAUCCGAGGUGACGGACAGUGACUACGAGGACGACCAGCACCCUAAACACUCGUUUGUGAACCACUACAUGUCUGACCCCACCUACUACAACAGCUGGAAGAGGCAGCCCAAGGGCCUGAAGGGGUUAAGUCCGCCCUACGCCUACGAGGAGUGUGCCAGCGCCGACGCCGAGCCGUACUACCAGACGGUGGUGACGCAGCACAGUGCCGGGGGGGCGUACACACCGGCGGGCCUCCCGGCGCACACACACACACUGCCGCACACACACGGCAACCCCGGCACCAACCCGCCCGGCUCGCGCACGCCCAUCACCGGCUUCUCUUCCUUCGUCUGAGGGGCGCGCACGAGUCAACCGUGCACACACACAAACACACAUCAGCUCACACACACACGCACACGCGUCAGCACCGACACGGAGCGGAGAUGAAGUUUGGAGAAAAACCGACAGGAGGACAGACAGGAGGAGCAUGAAUACAUUACCUUAUACACACCUCCCCUACACCUCCCCCCUCUCUCUUUACAGCCCUCCUUCUCUCUUCCUUCUUCCUUCCUCUUCCCUCCUCUU